AUGAAAGACGACGCUGCGCAGUCGCAGCGCCAAGUCGCUACUGGGGGAAUGCAUACCAGCUUUGGUGUCUUAGGGGAGACGUUUCCAGCCACCACCGCAGCAGCAGGAAACGCCGGGUUGGCCUUAGGCGUUGCAACAGCAGCAGCAGCGCCAGCUGCUGCAUCCUCUACUCUAUGGCUUGUGGAUUCUGAGGGGCAGAACUGCCUUACAGCAGCAGCCCCCUGGUCAUCCCAAGUCAACGCUACUGCUGUUCAGCAGCAGCAUGCAGCAGAGCUUCAACAGCUCGAGUUUCUCAAGCAGCGGCGACAGCACCAGCUACUGCUGCUGCAACAGCAGCAAGCGCAGCAGCAGCAGAUACACGAACAGCAGCUCAGGCAGCAGCUUCUGAUCCAGCAGCACUCGCCUCUGCAACAUUCCACCAACCCACAGGUUCUACAACACCAUUUGCAGCUGCAGCAGCUGCAGCAGCAGCAACAGCAGCAGCUGCAGCAGCAGCAACUGCAACACAUACUUAGCCAACAGCUGCUGCGAGAACAACAGAGCCAGCGAGAAGCAGAAGAACAGCUGGCGAGGCAGUUGCUACAGCAGCAAGAGUUGCUGAAGCAGCAGGAACUGUUGCAGCACCAGAAACUUCUGCAACAACAAGGGAUGCUGCAGCAGCACGAAUUGGUACAGCGACAGGAACCUCAUGAGCUACGGGAGCUGCAGCAGCAACAGCAGCAAGAGCUUCAACAACAGGAGCUGCUGCAGCAAGUCGUGCAGGAGCAGGCCACUGCAGCACUUAGUUCUGGGCAGGGCUCCUCUUUCCUGGACAAUCGAAGCGAACAGCAGCAGAUGCUGCUGCUGCUGCAGAAUGAGCAGCAGCAGGAGGAGCAAAGAGCGGGUGCCUCAGGGGUACCAGCAGCCUCUGACGCAUCAAUAAAGCACCACGGGCCUGCUCUGAACAGCAGUAGCAACAGCAGCAGCAGCAGCAGCAGCACCCCAAUUUCACACGACCCUCCAGAAGCAGCGGAGUCAGAGUACGUCAAUAACAGCCGAAUUAAAGGCGAAGGAGCAGCGCCACUCUCUACCUCGCUGCACUCCCUACCAGCUGAGUCUGGGCCUGCAGCAGCAACAGCAGCAGCGGCAGCAGCAGAAACAGCUGAAGGAGAAGACCCAGGGGUUGGGCACCACGCCUCCCUUCCCUCUAAAGUCCCCCGGGGUGUUUGGUUCAACCGAUCCACCGGCUGCUGGCUAGCUUGCGUUUCAGGAGUAGGCAAGAGGCUGCAUGUGUUUAGUUCAAAACGGUACGGGCAUGAAAGGGCUUUCCAAAUGGCUGUCAACUGUAAGGAGGCCGACAGGGCCCAAGCAGCGGGGGGCGGAGGGGGGCCUUCGGCGACCCCCUCACAAGAUAUGUUUGCUGCCCCUACACCAAAGGGGCAAGCUGCAGGCGCUUCCCCUGCUGCAGCAGGAGGCAAUCGGAGAAGCAGAACCACAUCGUCCAGGAAGCAGCAGCAGCAGCAAAAUGUCAUUCGCGCAUCUUCUCCUGGAAGAAUCUCAAAGGCCCCAGAUUUGGACGUUGCCGCUAUGCAGCAAGCAGAGGGGGAAGAGGACGAAGCAGUUGACUCAGCCACUGAUACACGAACAGAUGAAGGCUCUCAUGCUGGAGGACUCGCUGAACGAUCUAAGCGGCGUCGCGUUCUUUCGUGCCGGGGAGCUGAGGCAGCGGCGAGCGGGCUUUGCCCCGGCUUCGGGGGGCCUGAGGAGCGGGGCCCCCAACGAGGCAGUGAGGGCCCCUACGGCAACAGCAACAGCGGCAAUGGCAACAUGAAACCUGUGACCCGCACGAGCGGGGGAGGUGCUUACGAACGACCCAGGACAGACUCUUUGCUCCAUGGAGGUGAGGCAUAUAACCAGGUUGCCUCCAUGCUGCACUGUCCUCCUGCUGUUCCGCUACACGUGAAGCUGCCGCAGGGCAACACUGCCAUGGCGGGUUUCCCGGAGCUUCUGUGCUUCUUACCUGUGUUGGGGCGGCUGGUUCUUGAGGCACGCCGAAUGGCAAUAUCUGCGAGGCUUGCUUCUUUGAAGUUAGAGGGGCUUCCUGUACCUAACUGCCCUCUCCUUUAUGAGCCCCCUGGGGGUAUGGGAGGCCCUGGGAUCCCCGGAGGCCUCCCGGGUGACGGAGGGCAAUCCCAGGGGGGGCCGGGUAUUGGUGGCAUCCCCGGGGAUGGGUGGGGCGGCUAUUCGCCGCACGAAGGAGAGGACGGGUACGCUGACGUUUUGGGUGGAGUCGGGGGACCUCGCAGACGGCGGAGACAAAGAGAUGGGGGUCCCCAGCUGGUGCACUGCAGGCAGAGACGAGCCGCAGAGGGAGAUGACAGUGGCUCUGAUCCGUGGGAUAUGUUUAGGAGCGGUCUGCCGUUUGUGGCCGAGGCGGAUGCUGCCUCCUAUGCAGCAGCUGCAGGAUCAGGUGACGGUUUUCCUUCGCGGCGUUUGUGCGCUUCUGAGCGCCGGCUGCUUGAAGUUGGUUCGAUAGCCUUGGAGCUGUUGCUAAAGGAUUUGCUGCGGGUGUGUGGGGUGGAGCUGGCAGGCGCUUCUGCUUGUUUCACCUUUCCCGUCUUCACCGCGAUUCACAGGGCCAUUUCCAGGACGCAGAGGGCUUCAGAUCCUCUUCAGUUCGAGCGCCUUUUCAAGGCAUUUUCCGUCUGCGUACGGCAGCAGCAGCUCCCCAGCAGACUCCGGCCCCGGCAGCAAGCUGAACUCCUCACCAAAGUCCUUGCUGCAGAAAGAGUUUACAAGAAGGAACAGCAGCAACAACAACAGCAGAGUUUCCAUGUUGAGGCAACAACAGAAACUAACGGCGCCUCUGCGGCCGCUGCUGUCGCUGCAGACACGCGUACACCAACCGUCGAGCAUGCAGCAACGAGCGAUGCCGCUGCAACAACAAAAGCAGAUACAGGUUCUGCAGUGGCAACGAGUGAUGCAACACCAGCAGAUGCAGGUCCAGAAGCAGCUCCUGCUGCAUAUGCAGCAAUGGCAAAUGACGCAGUAACAGCCGAUGCAGCACCAGCGGCUGCAGCUGUAGAAUUGGCGGAGUCAGCUGAUGCAGUACUUUCAGUAUCAACUGAUGCAGCAGCAGGAACGCCAACUGACUUAGCGACAGCAAAUGUUGCUGGGGCAUCAGCGGCAGCAGCAUGUGUUGAAGCAGCAGAAGAAAUAAGUAAUGCAGUGGCAGCGGCAAGUUGUGGAGAACUGACAGCAGCAGCAGCAUUCGAGACCGCCCCUGAGCAAAUAGAGACCCAAGCGGCCACAGAAGACAGAAGCGCCGAUGGCAGCGGCGGCUUUGUAGCAACAGUAGAGGGCUUUAGUGCUGCCGCUGCUCCAGUUGAUGCAACAACUGCCUGCGAAACUCCUGCUGCUGCUGCUGCCGCUGCUACUGAAGGCCUUCCUUCCUUCUCCAGAUCCUCGGAAAGUGCUCAUGGGCAGGGGAUGUCAAUAGUAACGGAGGCAGAAGCGGAGUCAGCAGCAGUAGCGGCAAUGUCAGCAGCAGCCGGAAUUCAGGCAGGCGGGGCUGUUGCUGCUGAGCUGGAAGCAGAAGCAGCACCACCAGCUGCAGGAGCGGACAACACGGCAGCAGAAGGUGCAGGAGCGUGUGAAGCUCUACCAGCAGCAGCAGCAACCAACAGGUAUUCACCGGUAGAAGCAGCAGCGAAUAGCAUAGAAGGAGCAACGGCAGAGCCAGUUAGUGCUGAUGCAGCAACAGAUGAUGCUGCAGCAGGUGCAGCUGAGGCAGAUGCUUCGGAGGCAUUUGCUUCUGCAGCAAAUGCAGCUCUAGAAGAAUCAGCACUAGCAUAUGCAGCUGCAGCAAAUGGAGCCACAGCAGAUGCAGUAAAGACGUAG